AUGAUCGGAGAAGGAAAGGUAGUCUGUGUUACAGGAGCUUCGGGAUUUAUAGCUUCAUGGCUCGUCAAGCUCUUGCUUCAGUGUGGCUACACUGUUCAUGCUCCUGUCCGAUCCCUUGAUGAUCCUAAAAAGACACAACACCUACUUGCUUUAGAUAGAGCUAAGGAAAGGCUUUCAUUGUUUGAAGCUAGCUUGCUUGAAGAAGGAUCUUUCGAAUCUGCUGUUAAUGGUUGUCAAUGUGUCUUCCAUACAGCGUCACCUAUUAUGUUUCCAGUUUCGGGCCAACAGGCACAAGUGCUUGAUCCUGCAGUGAAGGGAACACUUAAUGUCCUUAAAUCAGAUGCAAAAGUUCCAUCUCUCAAAAGAGUGGUCAUGACAUCUUCCAUAUCUGCAGUUCUAUUUGGUGCAAAACCUCUUGAGUUUGGUGCUGUGGCGGAUGAAACCUGGUUUUCAGAUCCUGAAACUUGUGAACAAAGAGAGUUAUGGUAUCCCCUUUCCAAGACACUGGCUGAGAAUGCUGCAGUAGAAUUUUCUAAAAAUAACGGUCUCGAGUUGGUGGUUAUAAAUCCCGGGUUUGUCAUUGGCCCUAUUUUACAACCAACUCUCAACAUCAGUUCUGAGAGCUUUAUUGGUUUAAUUCUGAGAGCUUUAUUGGAACAUAAUUUCUCCCAUAUGGAAUUUAUCAACUUGUUGAUGUGA